AUGGCUAAGACUUCGGGAAGAUCCUUCGUGACAGCGACAGCCCUCUUCGUCGUUGGGCUCACACUCAUACAACGAGCCUCUGCGACAUGUCCUGCGGGGUUUCGCAUCCCUGAGGCUUCAAGCUGGUGCACGGGCUGCCUCCCCGGCACUUACAGCGGCCCGGACUCCCGAUUCUGCUCAACUUGCCCCGAAAACACGUUCAGUGCAAGUCUUGCUUCGAGCUGCACGGCCUGCCCCGCCGGCUCGACCAGCAACCCCGGUAGUGCUUCCGGUGAAGGCGCGACUCAGUGCGAGGCGUGUCCCGCGGGCCAGUUCUCGUGGGAGGGCGCGUCCGCCUGCUGCUCCUGCUGCUCCGGCUUCUACUCGGACCACGCAGGCGCGAGCAGCUGCGCGCAGUGCUCCACGGCCGGCGCAUACUCAGUCGUCGGCGCGACCUCCGCGUCCGCAUGCUCCUCCUACUACCUCGGCGGCCAGCUUCCUGCCCCAGCUCCGGGCCUCCUGCCUGCAGUGUCGCCUCGGCCAGCGCAGCUGCCCGUCUAUGGCGUCUCUGCGGACGGGCGCGGCUACCUCCGCGGGAGCGAGUGCGUCGACGUCCGGACGGACCUGGAGAGCUGCGGCGGGUGCGUCGCGGACGACUCGCCGCUCGGCGCGCGCAACGCGGACGGCGGACGGGACUGCAGCGCGAUCCCGCACACGGGGCGGGUGGCGUGCCGCGGGGCGCAAUCGUGCGCGUCUGGCUUCGCGCUCUCCGAAGACGGAGAGGCGUGCGUCGCCUCCAACGCGGCCGGCGCGCUCCAUGUGCAGCGUCGAGCUGUGGGCCACCGUGCCCGACGCUCCGCCGCGAGCCUUUGA